CGCGUGCUGCGUCGCUGUCUGUAGGAGAAGAUGAGUCGACGGAGCGCAGAGAGGAGAGGUGGCCGUCAGUCCGCGCAUUAAUGAUCAUAUUAAAAUACUGUGGUCACUGCGACCACGGAUCCAUUCAUUAAACCAUGAAAACGCACCGUUUUUGCGCCAGAAAACAGAGGAUACGUGUCCGUUCCUGCACUGGGAGACUGUUAGCUGCCCAGCUGGGACUGUGAAUGUGUGAAUGAGCUGAUUUCUACACCGGAGAUCACUGGGGAUGUCCACAUGAGGAUUUCACUCAUAUCGAGGACAUAGCUAACUCUAGCCUGCUAACGAACUCUGCUGGGUUCUCACCUGCAGCUGCAGAGGGUUUCUGAAUGCCUCUAAAGCUCAACAUGGCCACAGUGAACUGUUUCAGCGGUCCGGAGGAGCUGGAGGACUCAGAGCAUGCCCUGAAUCUGCUGAAAGAGCUGAAAUUCUUCUACGACUCUCGACUCCUGGUGGAUGUCACCAUAGAAGUGGAGCCGGAGCAGGACAGCUCUGUUUACGAUGCUUCUUCAGGUACUGAUUCCAGGGCUGAGGCAGGGAAAGUUUUCCAGUGCAACCGCAACAUACUGGCCGCGGCCAGCCCCUACUUCAAGAGCAUGUUUACAGGGGGGCUGUAUGAGAGCACCCAGAGCAAGAUCACCAUCCACGACGUGGACCCGGACUCCAUGGCCGUCAUAAUCGACUACUGCUACACUGGCAAAGUGACAAUCACGGAGGGCAACGUGCAACGGCUGUACGCAGCUGCUAACAUGCUGCAGUUGGAGUACAUCAGGCAUGCCUGUGCUGACUUCAUGACCCGAAGACUGGACCUCUCCAACUGCACAGGGAUUCUGAAAUUUGCUGACACCUUUGACAAUCUUGAGCUGAAAAGCAAAGCCCAGACUUUCAUAGCCAAGAACUUUGCUCAGCUCUGUGCCAGUGAAAAGGAUCUUUGUGAGCUGGACAUGAAACAAAUGAAAGAGAUCCUAAGUUUGGAUUCUUUGGAUGUGGACUGUGAACGGAAAGUGUGCUCAGUGGCAAUACAUUGGAUUGAAAACAAUCUGCCUCCAGAAACAGAAGAUGCAUUGCAUAUCCUUAAAUGUGUUCGAUGGUCACUGUUUACAGAGAAAGACAGGGUUUAUUUGGACAGCCUUAAGUCAAAGCCUCUUAUACAGAAGCACCUUUCUGGUUUCAUUGAUUCAGCAAGUACUGGAGAGGGCAGUGUCAUUUCAAAAGGUUUGAACCUUACAAAACAAAGAAUCGGUAAAAGUGCAAAAGAAAUGGUCCUGUUCUUUGGACGACCAAAUGAACCUUUCAUGUGUUACGACCCUUACACCGAAGAGAUCUACUCAAUGGCAUCCCCCGUCAUUAAUCUGAGUAAUCAGAACUUUAAACGCUCUCCCAUGGAGACAUUUUUAGUCUGUGCCACACCAGAAAACAACCUGUAUCUGGCUUCACAUCUGACCAAGCAUUUCUGGGUGUAUAAUCCAUUGUUGAAUUGUUGGCAGGAGCUGGCUGAAAGACUGCUUGCAAGGAUGCACUCAUAUGUUGGCUACCUCAAUGGCCACUUGUACAUUCUUGGUGGCAGGGACCCUGUUUCUGAUGCCAGGCUCAAGGAGGUUGAGUGCUACAGCAUUCUAAGAAACCAGUGGAUGUUUGUGGCCCCUCUGCCUCAUUCCUUGGGCAAGAUGCAGGUUGUGACAGUAAAUGAACGGCUUUAUGUGGUGAACAAGAGGAGAAUGCUCUGCUACGAGCCCAAGAGAAACCACUGGGUCCAGCGUGGCUCCUUAAAGCGCAACAAGCUGCACAAAGCCUGCGUCUUUCAGGAGCAGAUCAUCUGUCUUUGUGACAUUCCAGUGGUGAAAGCUUAUAACCCUGCCCGUGGUGAAUGGAGGCGCAUCGGUGACAUACCCAUCGACAGCAGUGCCCUGAACUACCAAGUGGUGCAGCACAACAACAAGCUGCUUCUGCUCACACUUGCUAUCGCCCAUCACAACAAAAACAGGCUUGUCAUACACGAGUAUGACUCUGCUAGAGAUACAUGGAAGAAUGUGGUGACCAUGUUUGGGUCCUCGUUUGGCUCCAUAAGCCUCUCUGCUCGUGUGUACACAGCAUGCCUUAGUUCGGGACAGAACUUCAUCACAGAGGAGGAUGAUGACAGUGGCUCCAGUGCAGACUGGGACUUUGAUGGCUUGACUGAUGCAGACUCGGACUCUGGCAGCUCAAGCUCUUUUUCUGAUGAGAACUGGUAGUAAACACUGUGUAUUAGGCAGUCAUAGUGUCAAAGACAGGGUUGUGUGUGGGAGAUAAACUAGGUACUAAAUCUGUUCUGAAGGUGGAAACAUUACUGAAUUGUAUUAAUAUUAUUUGCUUAACCAUAAGUGACUUUUUUCCAGUUGUGUACCAGUGCAGCGCCUCUGCUUUUACUUGAAUUUCCAUGGUAAUUAGUAUUAUAGAAUCAAAUUGUACUGUGAUGAUUAAUGAUGAUAUGAAAUGAAAAGUAAAAAAAAAGCAUAUUUUCUCAGGAUUAUAAUGGCAGUUUAGUCAGCUGCUGGUAUGGUAGGAACAGUGUCAUUAUUUACUGUAUGCAUUGAGUGAUGCAGCUAAACAGCAGUAUUAAUAUAAAAACUUUUGAGUUGUGUACAUUUUAAGUUUUAUUCAUCUCACUCCAAACAUUUACACAAACAGUAUUUUUUCACAAGAAUGUGGAACUUGUGGGAUUUAUUUGUCUUUUAUUUGACCUAUUUAAAUAUGUGCUCCUAACAGAGUAAAGUUUUUGUCUGCACAG